AUGGCCUCAAACAACGUCUCAGCGAUCUCCGCGUUCAUCGAAGGCGCCCCGCCAGGAGAGCUAGCAGACGUCGUAAACGACAUCAAAACCCUGACGGAAGACGACUCGACCCUGCUCGAGAAGGCUCGCCCAGCGUUCCAGAAGUACAACGAGGAGCAACUGACCAGCGUCAAGCUGCCCGGUAGUGGGAAGAAUGUCCUGAUCAGCUCGUACAACUCGCUCGGAGACGGGCGAUACUACGAUGUCGAGAGCCGGAGCUCGUUCGCGUUCGAUCCUAUCACGCAGAAAGCGUCGGACGUGCAAUCUUACGCUGUCGAGUCGGAACAUACAGACCUCAUGACCUCCCUCGCCAAAACCCUCGCCACCCACGCCCACGAACACUACCCGUCCUCCACCCACGCCGUCUUCCCCGCCCCCACCGCCUCCCUCGCCGUCCUCCUCGUCUCGAACAAGUACUCCCCCUCCAACUUCUGGAACGGCCGCCUCCGGACGAGCUACCUCUACCACCCGGCCACCGCCGCGCUGACCGGCACCCUCAGGUGCGACGUCCACUACUACGAAGACGGGAACGUGCGCUUGCUCACGACCAAGACGCUUCCGCCUAGCACGGUGGCUGCGUCGGCGGGCGAGAUCAUGAAGACGAUCGCGAAGGUCGAGAAGGGGUGGCAGGAGGAACUGAACCGGCGGUUUGGCAGGUUGAGUGAGGGGGAGUUUAAGAGUCUCAGGAGGCAGUUGCCCGUUACGAGGCAGAAGGUGGAGUGGGAGAAGGUGACGAGUUACCGGGCGGGCAAGGAGAUUGGUGGUGGGAGGCGGUAG